AUGCCGCCAGCGUGUCGAAAUUCUUUAUCGAGCUCAUUCGGCCCGACUCGAUUGUAUUCGCAGGGUUCUCCGGUCUCCCGCCUAGCCCGAAAUGUUUCGCCACGGCCGGGAACAGCAGCAGAAACCUACGUCGCGUAUGGCAUGACACAAAAGCUUUUCGAGGCCUGCUCUAGCCAGGCUGAUUACAAAGUCCCCCAAAUAGCUCAGAAAGUACCAGUCCCCACCACCGAAGCGGGUGAACAUCUGGGCGUUGGAGAGAGCUGGUGGUACCAAGAGCUUGGGCUCCGACCAACCUUCUCCACCUGGUCGCAAGUGACCUUCCUCCACAUGUACCUCUUGACCGUUCGUCUCCGUGCCCUUCCGUCCAGGGACAGCGUCCAGACAUACUCGCGCCACCUGAUUGAUCACUUCUCACACAAUGCGGAACAUCGAAUGGAUGUUCUCCAUGACCUGGGCAGCCGUGCUAUUCGAAACAAGUAUCUGAAAGAUCUCUUUAUUCAAUGGCGAGGUAUCCUGGCUGCAUACGACGAGGGCUUGGUCAAGGGCGACGCGGUGCUGGGCGCUGCAGUCUGGAGGAAUCUGUGGAAGGCGAGUCCCACCGGGCCAGAUGGCCAGGAAAUCGACUGGACCAAGGUUGCGUGGGUGGUUGCCUAUAUGCGGCGAGUGCUGUCGGAGCUCUCGAAAAUGAACGAAGCCGACUUGGUGUUCGCUCUUGGCCAAGGAGGCGCAAAGGACUCUGGCAUCUUUGGGUACUCUGAAGUGGACAAGAAGCUGGCCCAGGCAAGCGGAUGA